AUGGAUCGAGAAACAUCCGAGAAAAUAUUGUUUCUCUACAAUGAAAUUAUGGAUAUGCGAAGUGUUGAAUAUUUUUCGAAUGCAAACUUCGAAAAGCUCCCAAAGUCUUGGAGGAAAUUCAUAACUGAAGUUCAACUCAACGAUCUUAUUGAUCUAGUAAAUUUAAGAAAAAUUGGUACAAUUUUACCUCUUUCGAUAAUUUGUCUUUGUCAAUUGUUACGAAGAUUGACGUUUUCUCGAAAAAUGGUCGAAUCUCCAGAAGAAAUGGAAAUAUUUUGGAAAGGAGAAGAAGAUAUUCGAAAUAUUGCUAGCUGUUCAAAAUUUCGAGUCAUAACAUCUGAAGACAUUUUCAGAAAACGUAUAAAAAUCAAAAAACAACAUGAAAUUGAUCGAAUUGUUGAAUUAGUCAGGCAAAUUCAAGAAAACAAUUCAGGUUAGAAAAGACAAAAAUAAGUAUUCAAGAGGAGAAGGAAAACGAAUUUCAGAAAUUGAAAGUCUUGUUGAUAUUGGCGCCGGAAUCGGACAUCUUUCAAGAAUUAUUGCAGUUCAGAAUAAUUUAGCUGUUUUUGCAGUCGAAGGAAAUGAACAGGUGAGAUCUGUGAUUUUCCAAAAAAAAACGCCCCAAAACUAACCUUUUUCCAACAAUUUGGAGAAUAAAAUUAAUCAAGAAAUGAUAGAAAAUCACAUAAAUUUUAUAAUUUUUAAAUAUUAAAAAAUUAUUUGAAAGUCGCGUGAAAAUCUAUAUUUUUCAGUUCACAAUAUCUGCAACUUCUCUCGAUGAAAAACUUUCUCUAACUCCAACUUCACCCGUGAGAUUCACUAGUUUCGUCACCGAAGAAUUAUCUGAAAAAAUUGACGAAUUUACAAAAUCCCAAUCAAUUAUUGUUGGUCUUCACACUUGUGGCGAUUUUUCUUCGACGAUUCUCAAUGUUUUCAAAAAAUCCAAGAAAUCUACAUGUUUGAUUUUAUUAGGAUGUUGUUAUCACAAAGAAUAUCAGUGUUUCAGUUUCUCCCAGCAAACUUCAGAGGUUACUGUUUUCUUUUUAAAAAAUCUAUCAAUCUAAAUAACAAAAAAUUUCAGGCAACAUUACCUUGUGGAGUAUUUCCAUUAUCUCAAAAAUGGAAAGGUUCAAAAUUGAACUACACAAAAAGAGAGAUGGCUUGCCAUAACAUUGAGAAUUUGGAAGAGGUUCGAAAUCGAAAUACGAAAAGUUUUGCGCGAUAUGCGAGAGCUCAUCUCGAAAAAAUCAUAUGGAAAAUUAGCGAGAAUGAGGCGGAUCGAAAUAUUGGAAUGAGUUCGGUGAAUUGUGGAAUUGAUAUGAGAUUUGGGGAAUAUAUUGAAAAGGCGAUGGCGAAACGAGGAAGUCAUUUGAUGCAAAAAGUAUUGGAAGUAAAUAUUUUAUUUUGACAAAGUUGCAUAUUCACAGCAAAAAUUAGUAUAGGGGUGCGAUAAAGGAAGUUGAGAUGUUUUCUGAAAAAUUUUAAUUUUUCCCAAGUAUUUUCAACAAAACAAAACCUAGUUAGUUGUAUCCAUUGAAUCGUUUGAAUAUUCACUACAAUCCAUUUCAUAAUUUGGCUCAUCGAUUUCCAUUUUCUCUUCAUUAUUAUUUUCUUCAAACUCCAUUGGAAUAUCUGAAAAUUUUGGUGUUUGAACAGCUGAAAAUCGGUCUCAACUUCUAGUAUGAAUUAUGACGUGGCAAAAUUCCAAAAAAUCGGGAUUUUAGCUUUGAAAAUAGCACAGGAUUGUUCCGGAAAUUCAGAAGGUUCAUUCAAAAAUCCGAAAAAUUUUUCAGAAAAGUUUGAAACCUAUCAGAUUUUCAUGAAAAUCGCUUUUGAAGCUAGUUUUCAGCUGCUACAAUCUUGAUUUUUUAAACUUUGCCACAUAACUCAUAUUAGAAGUUGAACUUUGCAAUUUUAGACGGUGGAACCGUGAUCAGCCGGUCAAAAACUACUAGAAACGAUUUUUUGAUAAAAAAAAAAUCUAGACCUAAUUUGCUUGUUAGGAUAAAAAAUUGCCCCAAAAAACUAACCGGUUAAUUUUUUGGUGAAAUCUUGAAUUUUGAACAUUUUGGUGUUAGUUAGUAGAAUUUUAUUCGGUAAAUAAAUGUGAUUUUUAUUUGAAAUGUUCCCCAAAAUUCCCCCCAAAAAUGUUUAUUCCAGCGCGCGCGCGAUAGAUCAAAAAAUCUCGAAAACUUUGUUUCCAGAACACUCCCAAGGAAUUGCUCGGUUUGCCAGUCUCCCAAUUACCUCAAGAACAUUUCGAUAAAACCGACACAAUUCGACUGAUCUUCGCGCAAUUGAUUGAGUCUUGUAUAAUUGAUGAUCGAGUUGAAUUUCUACGUGAAAACGGCUGGAAGACGAAUGUUGUGCCGAUUUUUGAUCCGAAAUUGUCGCCGAGAAGUUUGGCGAUUGUUUGUAAUAAAAUUUGA